UCGUCUUUCCCGUCGCUUCUUCACAACGCCGAUGUACUCUUCGCUGAGGGGCAAAUUCACUUCUGCGUGUAUAUAUAGGAGCAGCAGUCGCCUCGUCUGUGCUUCAUUGUGGGCAAACACAAUUUGAAGAGCAAAACCCUUUCGUCUCCUCCCAAUGCCGCUCAAUUAACUGGUUUCUUUCGGUUCCUAGCUAAUCGAGGGAAGGAGCUUCCAGUUCAAUCUGAUCGGCGCUGAUUUUCCGUGUCGUUCGUGUGGAUUCGACAAUCUUCAAUCCGAUUCAUCAUGAGCACUCCACAUCGAGUCCCAAUGCCUACAUCGGAUGCCGACUGGAAGCCGCCUUUCGAUUUUGACCUGAAUUGCCUGCCGCCACCAGAUGAAGAGGAAAGGCAGGCUGGGCAGGCCGGGGGACCAAGUCAAGGAGGAGUCGCGCCUCCUCCACCGACUGCUGUAGAAGAUGACGACGUCGUUGUUUCAACGCCAACUGCAUUUGCACAGGCCAAAAACAACGCCAGAAGGAACCGUGCAUCUCCUACUGUCGUUGAUUUGGAAGCUGAGGAAAGGGAAAACAAGAGGAGAAGGGCUCCUGAGAUCCAACCUGUUAUCAACUGUGAAGUUUAUAUCAAUCUCGAAGGCUCCGGAAAUUCUGCGAGCAAGGCUGCUCCGCCGCCGCCGCCGCCACCACCGCCGCCGCCGCCGCCACCGGAGGUCGCAUUCAAGUGCCCGAUCUGCAUGGGCCCGUUCGUCGAGGAGACGACGACCAAGUGCGGGCACAUCUUCUGCCGGGCCUGCAUCAAAGCUGCCAUCUCUGUGCAAACCAAAUGCCCGUCUUGUAGGAAACGAACGAUCCAGAGGGACCUCAUCCGGGUCUACCUUCCGGCCACCAAAAACAACUGAGGUACCCGAUCGUUCUGGUGGCGAUGCUGAUGGAGGGUUGCUGCUGUCCAUGGGGGAGAUGGACAGAAUAAUUUUAACAAUAAUAAGGUUGGCGAUUGGAUCGCUCAAUUCUUUUGGGGCUCCGGUUUCUUACAUCCUGU